AGGAGGCGUGGGGAAGAGCUAGGCGGCUGCGCAGACGGCGCUCCUCACACAGAGCAGCCCCUGACCCGGGCGAAUGCGGGAUUGUGCUGCCGCCGUCGCCGUCCGGGCCGAGUGACAAAGGAAGGAAGGAAGGAAGCAAGGAGGAGCCGGCCCCACAGACGCUGACAGGAUUCCGGGCCGGGGGCAAAGCGCGGAUACUUCCUGAGCGGGCAUCAAGCAGAGGCGAGGAGAGCGGCCGCACUGGUGCGGUGGACGGGGGAGGGGGCCCCGAGGGACGGAAGCGGUUGCUGGGUUCCCAUGUCCCCGGCGUAUGGGGAGCAGUCGAGGAGCCGCUGCUUGGGGUCUGAAGGGAGCUGCCUCCGCCACCGCCGCCGCCAUGGCCGCUGGAUCCAGCCGCCGCCUGCAACUGCUCCUGGCGCAAUGAGGAGCGGAGUCGCCGACACCGCCCGCCUCUGACUGACUCGCGACUCCACUGCCCUCCAGUUCGCCGGGCCCCCGCCGUCAGCCCUCCGGAUCCCGCCGCUGCUGGAGCCGCAGCGUUUCCCGUCGCAUCUCCGAACCACCCCCCUCCCUUUCCCUCCCUCCUUCCCAUCCCCCUUCUUUUCAAGCGUGAGACUCGUGAUCCUUCCGCCGCUUCCCUUCUUCAUUGACUCGGAAAAAAAAUCCCCGAGGAAAAUACGAUAUUGAGAGUACUUAUUUUCAAUCAAGUAUUUACCCCCAUUUUGUGUGAUAUAUAUAUUUUUAGGAUUUUCCUCCCUUCCUUUUCGCCCCUCCAAGAAAAGGGAGGGGAAAGAAUUGUAUUUUUCCCCCCAGCCCCAAAUCAUCUAUAUGUUAAAUACCCAUACUGAUCAGUCUUGAAGAAAUACAUCGCUCGUUUUUUUUUUUUUAAUGUCUAUACAAAAGGAGUAAAAAGCCAAGAGUACGAAGUCUUCUUCUUUUUCUUGUGGGAGAACUUAAUGCUGCAUUUGUCAUUAACCUAACACCCCAACAUAAAACAAAAGGAAGAAAAGGAGGAAGGAAGGAAAAGAGGGUGAUUCAGGAAGAGAGUAAUCAUGUCAGGGCGGCCCAGAACCACCUCCUUUGCGGAGAGCUGCAAGCCAGUGCAGCAGCCUUCAGCUUUUGGCAGCAUGAAAGUUAGCAGUACAUUGGAUAAAAAGAACAAGACACGGUUUCCUGUCACUAAGUUUGCAGGAGACAAGGAUGGCAGUAAGGUGACCACAGUGGUGGCGACUCCUGGGCAGGGUCCAGACAGACCACAAGAAGUCAGCUAUACAGACACUAAAGUGAUUGGAAAUGGAUCAUUUGGUGUGGUAUAUCAAGCCAAACUUUGUGAUUCGGGAGAAUUGGUUGCCAUCAAGAAAGUAUUGCAGGACAAGAGAUUUAAGAACCGAGAGCUCCAAAUCAUGAGAAAGCUAGAUCACUGUAACAUAGUUCGGUUGCGUUAUUUCUUCUACUCAAGUGGUGAGAAGAAAGAUGAGGUCUAUCUUAAUCUGGUGCUGGACUAUGUUCCGGAAACAGUAUACAGAGUUGCCAGACACUAUAGUCGAGCCAAACAGACGCUUCCUGUGAUCUAUGUCAAGUUGUAUAUGUAUCAGCUGUUCCGAAGUUUAGCCUAUAUUCAUUCCUUUGGAAUCUGCCAUCGGGAUAUUAAACCACAGAACCUCUUGUUGGACCCUGAUACAGCUGUCUUAAAACUCUGUGACUUUGGAAGUGCAAAGCAGCUGGUCCGAGGAGAACCCAAUGUUUCGUAUAUCUGUUCUCGGUACUAUAGGGCACCAGAGUUGAUCUUUGGAGCCACUGAUUAUACCUCUAGUAUAGACGUAUGGUCUGCAGGCUGUGUACUGGCUGAGCUGUUGCUAGGACAACCAAUAUUUCCAGGGGACAGUGGUGUGGAUCAAUUGGUGGAAAUAAUCAAGGUCCUGGGAACACCAACAAGGGAGCAAAUUAGAGAAAUGAACCCAAACUACACAGAAUUCAAAUUUCCUCAAAUUAAGGCACAUCCUUGGACUAAGGAUUCGUCAGGAACAGGACAUUUCACCUCAGGAGUGCGGGUCUUCCGACCCCGAACUCCACCAGAGGCAAUUGCACUGUGUAGCCGUCUGCUGGAGUACACACCAACUGCCCGACUGACACCACUGGAAGCUUGUGCACAUUCAUUUUUUGAUGAAUUACGGGACCCAAAUGUCAAACUACCAAAUGGGCGAGACACACCUGCACUCUUCAACUUCACCACUCAAGAACUGUCAAGUAAUCCACCUCUAGCUACAAUCCUUAUUCCUCCUCAUGCUCGGAUUCAAGCAGCUGCUUCAACCCCUACAAAUGCCACAGCAGCCUCAGAUGCUAAUGCUGGAGACCGUGUACAGACCAAUAACGCCGCUUCUGCAUCAGCUUCCAACUCCACCUGAACAGUCCCGAGCAGCCAGCAGCACAGGAAAAACCACCAGUUACUUGAGUGUCACUCAGCAACACUGGUCACGUUUGGAAAGAAAAUUAAAAAGAGGAAAAAAACCUGUUCAUUUUAGUGUUCAAUUUUUUUUUAUUAUUGUUGUUCUUAUUUAACCUUGUAAAAUAUCUAUAAAUACAAAUCAAUUUCAUUGUAUUCUCACUUUGAGGGAGAUCCAGGGGAUGGGAGGGGUCGUGGGGAGGGGAAAGCAGGGCACUAGAACACACAGUCUCUCUCCCACCACAAUCUUUUUAUCAAAAGUCUGCUGUUGUAUAAUUUAAAACAGGUCUCCUGCUUCAUGCCCCUUCCACAAAAGAAGAAAACUUUGUUCUGUGCUGAAGUUUUUUUAAACUUUGUUUUCUUUUAAAGUCAAGUAUAAGACUUUGGUAUAGUGCACAGCUUGAAAUUGGUUGGGAGCUUAGCAGGUGUAACUCAGUGGGGACUUAAAUGUCACUUGUAAAAUUAAUUCAUAUCCUGGGGUGUUUGAAGACUUGCCUUCGGCAUGUUGGUGGCAGGUGUGGCAGACAAAAAAUAAGGAAAUGUGUAUUGUUUGUUACCCAGGGAGGUCAGUAAAGUUAGAAACUAUAAGGGGAAGAUUCCUAAUUGAUUUGUUAAUGUUAACGCUCUUAAUCAAUGCUAGUGGUGGAGAGAUUUACAUAGGAAAUGUCAGAGGAGGAGCAUGCCUGCUCCACAUGUGGAUCUUUCUUUGCCUGGCCAAAGGUUCUCUGCAAAUCUUAGUAUGGAUUUAAACUAGUGACCCAGGGAAAGACUGGGAAGACUGAAAAGGGUGUUGAACCGGCCACUCUGGCUGUAGAGGUCAAAAGCCAAUGAACUAGGAAGAAGGGGACUAACCAGGGAUGAUCCCACCACUGUGAAUGAACUAGUCCAGAUUUUUUUUCUAAAGUUGAUUCCCUUGGAGAGAUACACUUGAGAAGACAUAGUUAAAUAAUGUGAACUGUAACAGUCUACUGGUUUGUUUUUCAUAUUUUUAAAUUACAGAUGGAGCUUGCAGAAAUUGCCACAUUCUAGACAUAGCUCUAAUAUUAAAUCCAAAUCUAGAACCUGUAUUUAAUUUCAGCCUUUUUUAACCUUAUACUUUUUAAAUUUUAUUUAUUGAUGCAUGUCAGAUAGGCCAUUAUGAUUUCAGCUUGGUAGGAAUAUUAAAAACUACACACCAAAAUGAUAUAAACAAAAGUCAUUUGUACCUGCUGAAUUUAUAGGAAAGUGGAUUAUAUAAACGUGUAUAUGUGUGUUAUAUACUUAGAUUCAAUACUGCCUUUUUUGUUUUGUUUUUACUUUGUCCACAGUAUCAAAAUUGACUGCUUGAAGAGUGCGAAGAGUGUUUCCCCCCAUACCCAGUUGAGAGUUUUUGUUUCUGUUUUGUGUAUCAGUGAACGGUGUAAGAAUCAGUCUCUUGUUUUUGAAGAAAAAGCAAUAUUCCUUGGAAAGCAAGGAGGAUUGAAGGAUUAUGUUUGCAGUGAAGAAUUAGAUUUUCACAACUAGUUCGUUUUAUCCUUUUAAGGUUGACAUCUAUGUGGGCCUUACAUACUCUAAAAUGAACCUUAGUCGCCUUGGUGCUUAUGGGCCAUUACUUGACCUAUGAAUCUUUAAGGCACAAUCAGUUGUACUUUACAUUUAAAGAUCACUUGAGUGACGGCUGCCUUUCCCUCCAACCCGCUCCUUUCCUGCACACUUUCCAAGGUUAGCUGAAAACUGUAGGGCUACAGAGCUGAGCCCUAGAUUGUGUGUAACCUACCUUCACCCUUCUCAUUUCCACCUUAGAUCACGUUAGGGAUCUCGCCCUCCAGGUGAUUUGGAAGUAGAGUCUCUUGACAGCCCUCAUGCAGGUCCCCACACAUUGUACUGCUUCUCACCCAAGUGUAUGUGACUCUCCAAGAGUCCUACUGCCUGCUGAAGUGAACCAAUACCCAGAAAGGCAAUUGUGAGCCAUCUUAGUUUUCACUCACUGUGUAGCUGAGCUCUUAGGCCACAAAGGGGGUUUCUCAAACCUCUGUUUAUAUCAGAGUUCAUGAGAAAGAAAACACAGUCAAACCAAAUCAAACAGAUUGAAUUUUACUUUUCAUAAUGAGCCUUUGAGAGCUAAUUAAGAUUUGAAAGACGUCUUAAAGUAUACAGCAACAUGAUUCCUAAAAAAAUGGCUUUGAUAGACCAUUUUCAGAAAGGAUUCAUAAAGAAGAUGAAGAGCAGCAGACAUAGGACAGAAAUGGACCUGCUUUCAGACCAAACUGCCCCGCUAAACAUCCAGGCACAGACACCAAUCUGGAUUUGGUAUACUUGCUGGAUUCCAUAAAUAUCUGUGUUUGUUUUACAAAAUACUCUCCUCCCCACUCCCGAUAAAUGGGGUGAGAAAAGAAGAGAGAAAAGUGAGAUCCUUUUCUCAUUAUGUAUGUGAGGGCUGAGGUGCAUGAUUUUUUUCUUUCUCAAGGAUCAUGGCGGGAUCACAGAACUCUUUUAUACAAGUGAGAUUCAGGUCUCUGAAUAUCUUUUUUGUAAAUACUAAUAAUAAUAAUAAAAGCUCCUCACCAAAUUCAAGCUUGUACAUUAUAUUUUCUUUCAAUGUUUUUAAAUUUAAGUUUUAUUGUUUUGUAUGUAAAUAUGUGGACCCAGGAACUGUUAUUAAUGAGCAAAAAGUUACUGUUCAGGGCAGUGAUUCUGUUUAAUAAUCAGACAAAAAUGUAGACGAGCUUUUUAAAGCCAUAUAGUUUUAACUCUGUACAGUAGGUACCGGCCUGUAUUAUUGUAACAAUAACUCUAGCAAUGUAUAGUGUAUCUAUAUAGUUUGGAGUGCCUUCGCUUCCAUGUGUUUGGGUUUUUGUUUUGUUUUUUUCAUUUUUAAAAUUUUAAUUGGUUUCUCUAUCCAUGUCUCCCUGUCCCACCCUUUUUCCCUUUGAAAUAAUAGCUCACUCACAACACAGUGUCUGUGCCUCUUCACAGUGAAGUUCAGUGACACCAUGUUCAGGAGUGGAAACAAGAAACCAUGUUCGUAAUUGCAUGUCACUCAAGCCCUGCCUUUGUUUUGGUUCUGAAUGCCCGUUUCCUCCUCAGCAACAGAGUGACCGGUUUCAUUUCAUACUGGGGCCAUCCAGGGCCUUAAUGUAGUGCCAGGGAGCCCUGGAGCUGGAGGAUUUCAGUAAGUUAGAUUUUGCUCGUCUCUUUCCCAAACCCUAACCGUGGGUCUUAAAAAACAGCAGGCAUCCAUGCUCACUCUCCCCUCAUCUCCUUCCCUCAAAAAUGAGAGACACAGAAUUGGCUUUUAUAAAUCAAAGUUUCUUCAUAGUGUCAGGUUUUGAUAACCAGUUGUCUGAAAUGCUAUAUAGUGUGAUACCAGCAGUUAGUGCAUGGAAUGCUGCCGUGCCAGGAGAGGACUGUUGUUUUAGCAAGGGAACUCUUAGCCUAUUUCCGCCCUCCUACCACCUCCACCCCUUUCAGUGAAAUGUCAUUUUAAUUUAUUUUUUCAAAAAUCAGUUUCUUGCUGUGUACCCAUUAUGAAGUCCGUUUUGAAAGAAAAAAAAAUUGUUUUGCCUCCAAGUAUUCCAUAUAAGAUGUCUUGAGUAGAAGAAAAAAACUUUACCAAACCAAAGGUUCCUAUUUUUGAAACAUCAUGUGUUCAUUC